UUCGAAAAAACUUUUAUUCUUUCAGUGAAAUACGGAACCAUUCCGUAUUUUAUCUAACGGGUGGCAUCCAUAAGUCUAAAUAUUAGCUGUUACAUUGCACAACCAUCAAUGUUAUGUCAUAAUUACAUAAAAUUAUUUCAAAUUAGUUUGCAACGAGCAAGGCAGCCCAAACUGCUGCAUAUACCUUCUUCACAACAAUUGAAACGCUCUCCUUGACGUUCGUGAUGAUCCGAUAAAUGGUUGAUUUAGGUGCAAUCUUACUGGCAGCAAUAUCCUUGCCUGUGAAGCCCUUUUUGUGCAAAGCAAUGAUGACGGCACGUGUUUUACAGGUAACCAUGGUUGACAGAGGAAGAGCAAUGAUUCAAAGCACCACCCUCCUUUUGAUGCUUCCAGUCUGUUAUUCUAACUCAAUCAGCAUGACAGAGUGAUCUCCAGCCUUGUCCUCGCCAACACUCACACCUGUGUUAACGAGAGAAUCACUGACAUGAUGUCAGCUGGUCCUUUUGUGGCAGGGCUGAAAUGCAGUGGAAAUGUUUUUGGGGAUUCAGUUCAUUUGCAUGGCAAAGAGGGACUUUGGAAUUAAUUGCAAUUCAUCUGAUCGCUCUUCAUAACAUUCUGGAGUAUAUGCAAAUUGCCAUCAUACAAACUGAGGCAGCAGACUUUGUGAAAAUUAAUAUUUGUGUCAUUCUCAAAACUUUUGGCCACAACUGUAGUUUAGCGGCCAGCUAUCUAAACUUGUUAACAUGGUUGAAUUACCAGCCGGGGGGCCUCCAUUGAUUUUGUUAGUCUCACUCAGAUAUCAAAUAAAAAACUGCAAGACAUUUCUCUCCAUCCUAUUGUACAUUUGUAUAGAAUUGCAGGAAAUUAGCUGUAAAACUGCAAAUGUUCCUCUCUGCCCCAUAGCAAAAUGAGUAGAAUUGCAGGAAAUUAGUUAUAAAAUUGCAAAACCUUUCUCUCUGCCCCAUGGUAAAAUCUGUAGACGUGCAGCAAACUUGCUUUAAAACUGAAAUAUGGGGGUGGGGGGCUAUAUCAUCGUGAGACCAUCCUGAAAUCUCCAGAGCGGAAGCUCGCGAGUCCAGCAUGGUCAUGAGAGGGUACUAUGACUAUGAAUUUGAGAGAGGUAAACAUUUCUCCUACAUCAUUCUUCAGCAUUAUGUGGCAGGGCUACCAUUUAUGUUUCCAUUAGGACUAGCGAGUGCACCAUUAAGUUGAAACAAUAUUAUGUUACACAAUAUCAGAUGCGUAACUUACUGUACUGCAAUGCUUCAGAGACACCAUUCCUCUUAUCACAGCGUUCCUUGCUGAUGAAUCCCUAAGAUUUCCUCCAUCUUGUCUUAUUAGCCAAUGAUGUACUGCCUGUACUUUUCUGCUUUUUUAGACCCUUCUUACAUUUUCUUGUUAUUCCUACCUUUCUUUGGACUAAAUGACUGUUCCAAUUGCUUCCAACUUGCAAUCACUGUAGUCCUAUGUAAACCAAUCAGCCUGGCAAGCAUGUCCAUAUGUAAAUAUGGCAAUUAAUCAUUGUGACACUGAAUUUUGAAAGGAGGCUGUCAAAUACUUUCAUUAGCACAUGGAACCAGAAAAGUAACACUGCAGACUGUGGGACAACUGAUUUGUCUUUGUUCCUGUCGUGUCACUGUCACACAUCACACAUCUAUAAGACAAACAAAGUAGUGCACCCAAUCAUUGAUUGAAGAAUGACUACAAUUAAGGUCAGGUAGCAUUCUUAACCCGAUUCAUAUUGAUACUGUAGACAAAAUGUGCUCAUGAAACCAAUUUAAAGGCAGCAUCCUGACUGAGUCUCUGAGGUUGCUAUUGAAUCUGAUCAGCCUGGUAGGAGUAGAGCUCACCCACUGGAUCAUAUGUAUCAGCCUAUAAGGCACCUUGACCACUAAUAUGCCUGCAAGGAGAAUUGCUCAUGAAACAGCCUACAAAACAGAUCCUGACUUAUCAGCCUCUGAGGCUGCUAUUGAAUCUGAUCAAGCUCUGAGGCUGAAAGCUAAUCUGAUCAGCCUGUCAGAAAUGGAGCACUGUACAUUUUAUAUUAUCCACAAAACAGGAUGUGUCCCUUAUAAUUAUACACAUAUCAGUUAUACAAGCUAACAACCAGCAUGGAUAACUAGCUAGCUAAAAAUACUACCUAGCUAAGUGAGCUUGCUAAGCAGCCCUACUAGCAAGCUAGCUAACAAAACAAAAAGAUUGCUAAUCUAUAACAAACCAGUCUGAUAUAUCACUGAUAUAUCAUUAUAAAGUUGCAUUCAUUUUGAAAGAUGCUAGCUAUAUUACAUUUCUUCCUCUAGGCUUCAGCUUUCUGGCUCUGUUUGAAUGUGGCUUUGAUGACUCAUUGUUCCCUGCAUGCAAUUGGUUCUGGUCUUGGGGGCGACAUGCAGCCUGUGAGACAGUGCUGCAUGUCUUCUUCUUCAUCUUCUUCAGGGGGGUUUAACGGCUGUAGGCAUCUAAUAUGUUGCAUUAAUGCUCCCAACUGGACUAUAGUAUAAAUCCAUUAUAUAUUGUGAUACCCCAAAGAUAUAUACCAACAUUUUUAUAAUAAUACACCCUUCUGACUACCCAAUUCCACUACUUUGCCCCUAUCUGCUCCUGCACCAUGCCAACGGUCUGGGAGGACAGGACACCAUCUCUCAACACACUCUCUAACUCUUCAGAAGUCAAAUCACAUACACCCAAGUACUGCAGCUGCCAACACAACAUCUAUUUUCUGUCAUUGACAUUCAAUUUCUGAGGUACAGUUGAUAACCAUUGCUAUGAACACUAAGAAGCCAACCUUACUGAAGCAUAUAUCACUCAUUGGCCUAUUCCUCUGUGCUGGCAAAGAUCUACUACUCACAGGCAUGUAACUUUUUUUGGGCCCACAAAAUUUGUGCACUGGGCCUUUAAUAGUCCUGUAUUGUAGGAUAUAUCCAUCUGCAGCACCAGUGCAAGAAAAACUGGGCAAAACUCAGCUUGAUCAUAACCAUGUCCAUCAAUGCAAGGCUCAGGUUCCGAGAUCCUCACCACACCUUCCACCUCACUUAAAUCUCCCUCAUUCACUUCCAUUUCAAAUCAAAUGUAUUUAUAAAGCCCUUCUUACAUCAGCUGAUAUCUCAAAGUGCUAUACAGAAACCCAGCCUACAACCCCAAACAACAAGCAAUGCAGGUGUAGAAGCACGGUGGCAAGGAAAAACUCCCUAGAAAGGCCAGAAUUUAGGAAGAAACCUAGAGAGGAACCAGGCUAUGAGGGGUGGCCAGUCCUCUUCUGGCUGUGCCGGGUGGAGAUUAUAACAGAACAUGGCCAAGAUGUUCAAAUGUUCAUAGAUGACCAGCAGGGUCAAAUAAUAAUAAUCACAGUGGUUGUCGAGGGUGCAACAGGUCAGCACCUCAGGAGUAAAUGUCAGUUGGCUUUUCAUAGCCGAUCAUUCAGAGUAUCUCUACCGCUCCUGCUGUCUCCAGAGAGUUGAAAACAGCAGGUCUGGGACAGGUAGCACGUCCGGUGAACAGGUCAGUGUUCCAUAGCCGCAGGCAGAACAGUUGAAACUGGAGCAGCAGCAAGGCCAGCAUUUCACCUCCUGAACUCAGUCUGGUGGACAGCCGCACUCUGUUUGUACUUGAUCCCAGACUUCUUCUACACACCAUCUUCAUCAAAUUCCAAUUCAGCCUCUGCUGUCCUCAUUCUCUUCGACCUCUUCUUUCUCUUUUUCCUCCUCCAUUCCCUCUUUCGAAAUCCAUCUUUCCAUGUCCCUGUCCCAAUAUUUUUCCCCUCCUGGCUUUGCUAGCGGCCCAGUGGCAUCCCGAUGUAACUCCAUCUCAUAAUCAUCCUGUUCAACUCGAAAACGUGUCUUCUACAGGCACUGCAUUUUGAGAGAAUGAGCAGUGGCACAACUCCCAAACAGCCUACUCUCCUCGAAUGUUCUCUCAGACAGGAUCAGAUUGCCUGUCAGGCGCUGUUCAGGGCUUAAAUGCCCCACGAGCGCAAUGAUUUGGUAAAAAACUGCGUGCGCUUUUACGUGUAGGAGCAAGCAUGACCAGAGAUGACCAGGGCGCGUAGGAUGUCGGCAAAGCUAGGGAACGUGCGGACAGACUUGUGCCACUAUCGUAUAUAAGUCGGUGACGAGAGAGGGAGGGGAGCAAGUGCUGAACAUUCUUCUAAGCAUACAGUUCAGUUCGACACUAAAGGGAGAUACGAUAACCUAUUUGGCACCAAACAGGAAUUACGGUGGUUCCUCUGCAAACUGCUGUUUGAACUGCCUACAUUGUUACCCUUGCAAAUGAGAGCCUAGUUUUGGAAGGAGAAACUCAAACAAACUAUUUCACUUGGAGUUAUUUGAUCUUUCCUGAGGAAGUCAGACAGUGAAACAUAAUUCAAGAUGGAGAAUAUGGACGCUGGGAAGAAGAAGAAGGGAGUGACCUGUUACCUCCUCUACUGCAUCACUACAGCCGUCAUCGGCUCCCUGCAGUUCGGAUACAACACUGGAGUCAUCAAUGCCCCUGAGCAGAAACUGCGACGGUUCUUCCAGAAUGUGUCUAUGGAUCGUUAUGGAGACCCCUUCUCCCCUGGGACUAACACCAUGGUUUGGAGCUUCGCUGUGGCCAUCUUCAGUGUGGGGGGCAUGGUUGGGUCCUUGUCUGUGGGGGUCAUGGUGGACAGGUUUGGGAGGCGGAAGUCCAUGCUCCUGGCCAACGUGCUGGCCCUUCUGGGUGGAACUCUGAUGGGUCUGUCCAGCCUGUGUAAGUCCUUUGAGAUGGUCAUCAUUGGCAGGCUGGUCAUUGGCGUGUUCUGUGGCCUGUGUACGGGACUGACGCCCAUGUACGUGGGAGAGCUGGCCCCCACGCACCUCAGGGGGGCCUUCGGCACCCUCCACCAGCUGGGAGUGGUCAUUGGCAUCCUGGUGGCACAGGUCUUUGGUCUGGAGUUUCUGCUGGGGUCAGACUCCCUGUGGCCCCUCCUGCUGUCCCUGACGGCCAUCCCUGCUGUGGUGCAGAGCAUCAUGUUGCCCUUCUGCCCAGAGAGCCCCCGCUACCUCCUCAUCAGCCUCAACCAGGAGGAGGAGGCUCGCAAAGCCCUGGUGCGUCUGCGUGGCUGUGAGGAUGUAAGUGAUGACAUCCAGGAGAUGAAGGAAGAAGGGAUGAAGAUGGCCAUGGAGAAGAAGGUCACUAUUCCAGAACUCUUCCGUUCGCCAGCCUACCGUCAGCCAAUCAUCAUCGCCAUCAUCCUGCAGCUCUCCCAGCAGCUCUCUGGCAUCAAUGCGGUAUUCUACUAUUCGACAGGUAUAUUUGACACUGCCGGGGUGACCCAGCCCAUCUACGCCACUAUAGGAGCUGGGGUGGUCAACACUCUAUUCACAGUGGUGUCUCUCUUCCUGGUGGAGAGGGCGGGACGAAGGACCCUGCACCUCAUCGGAUUGGCUGGAAUGGCUAUCAGUGCUCUGCUCAUGACCAUCUCCCUCUCAUUGGUGAAGACCAACCCGUCUCUGAGCUACUUGGCCAUCGUGGCGGUGUUUGCCUUUGUGGCCAGUUUUGAGAUGGGUCCAGGUCCUAUCCCAUGGUUCAUAGUUGCUGAGUUGUUCUCCCAGGGGCCUCGGCCUGCAGCUAUGGCCGUCGCCGGCUGCUCCAACUGGACCGCCAACUUCCUGGUCGGGCUGGGCUUCCCCAAACUGGAGGAGCUGUGUGGUCCUUACGUCUUCAUCAUCUUCAUGAUCUUCCUCAUAUUCUUCUUCGUCUUCACCUACUUCAAAGUCCCGGAGACUAAGGGGCGAACCUUUGAUGACAUUGCCAAAGGAUUCGCCGGCACUGCAGGAGCCCAAUCUCCUCCCCCAGAGGGUAUGGUCACCCUGCCCGUCUCCCCGACGACGGAGAAAGUUCCAAUGGUUGAGUUUCCGACGGAUAAGAAGUAAAAUAAGUGAUCGUCAGCGAAUCCGUAGAUAGUGGAACAGUUAGAGAACAGGGUUACAGGGUUAGACAAGCCCCUUGUGCAUAGAUACUGUAAUGUAGGGAGUAUAACUUUUUUUAUCCAUUUGAGGUUGAAUUGGACUUUUAAAGUGCAGGACUAGAGAUAUGCACUGUUAUGGAGAGGAGCUUCCAUAUGAAAUAGCAGCUUAAGUGUCGGGUGUGUGUAUAGUGUGUGUUGGGGAUAGGGUCGGGGAUGAUAAUGCAGGCAUCAUGAGAGUACGUGUCAAAGAGGAUUUAUGUGUGUGUGUGUGUGUGUGUGUGUGUGUGUGUGUGUGUGUGUGUGUGUGUGUGUGUGUGUGUGUGUGUGUGCCUUCAGUCAUUUUCAUUUAAACUACCUAAAGUAUUUAUUACUGUAAGUUAUUAAUGAUAAUUUGUAAUUAGCUUUUACCAAUGCCCAAGUAAUUUAUCAUUUAUAACUGACUUAACUCAUAGACGCCAAUCAUUAGUUAAUCAAUGACCAAUUUUACUACUGUACUUUUUAAUGAUUGGCAUUACAAGUAAAAACCUUUAUACUAUUAGCAUUUAUAAGGAUAAACAUUCCAACAAAUAUGUUCAGUAAUAAACUUCCCAUAUUGUCCUUCACUUGGGUUAAAAUGGGAAUAGGAUUUGGGUUGAUAUGUACUGAGUUCAGUGGGUUUGGGAGGGCAGUACGGGAACCUAAACAUCCUCUCUGCCUGAUGUAUCCUAACCCAGCCUAUCUGUCUCUCUGCCUGGUAUAUCCUAACCCAGCCUAUCUGUCUCUCUGCCUAGUAUAUCCUAAUCCAGCCUAUCUGUCUCUCUGCCUGGUGUAUCCUAAACUAGCUUUUACAUCUCUGGAGCCUGACCACUGAGCCAGCUAGAACACUGGCAUGGCUCACCCAUAUUUGUGGCUUCUGUCUGCCUCAUCAGACUACAUACAGUGAGGGAAAAAAGUAUUUGAUCCCCUGCUGAUUUUGUACGUUUGCCCACUGACAAAGAAAUGAUCAGUCUAUAAUUUUAAUGGUAUGUUUAUUUGAACAGUGAGAGACAGAAUAACAACAAGAAAAUCCAGAAAAACACAUGUCAAAAAUUUUAUAAAUUGAUUUGCAUUUUAAUGAGGGAAAUACGUUUUUUAAAAAUCCAAAUCAAAUCAAAUCAAAUUUUAUUUGACCCCCUCUCAAUCAAAAAGAUUUCUGGCUCCCAGGUGUCUUUUAUACAGGUAACGAGCUGAGAUUAGGAGCACACUCUUAAAGGGAGUGCUCCUAAUCCCAGUUUGUUACCUGGAUAAAAGACACCUGUCCACAGAAGCAAUCAAUCAAUCAGAUUCCAAACUCUCCACCAUGGCCAAGACCAAAGAGCUCUCCGAGGAUGUCAGGGACAAGAUUGUAGACCUACACAAGGCUGGAAUGGGCUACAAGACCAUCGCCAAGCAGCUUGGUGAGAAGGUGACAAAAGUUGGUGUGAUUAUUUGUAAAUGGAAGAAACACAAAAGAACUGUCAAUCUCCCUCGGCCUGGGCCUCCAUGCAAGAUCUCACCUCAUGGAGUUGCAAUUAUCAUGAGAACGGUGAGGAAUCAGCCCAGAACUACACGGGAGGAUCUUGUCAAUGAUCUCAAGGCAGCUGGGACCAUAGUCACCAAGAAAACAAUUGGUAACACACUACGCCUUGAAGGACUGAAAUACUGCAGGUCCCGCAAGGUCCCCCUGCUCAAGAAAGCACAUAUACAUGCCUGUCUGACGUUUGCCAAUGAACAUCUGAAUGAUUCAGAGGACAACUGGGUGAAAGUGUUGUGGUCAGAUGAGACCAAAAUGGAGCUCUUUGGCAUCAACUCAACUCGCCGUGUUUGGAGGAGGAGGAAUGCUGCCUAUGACCCCAAGAACACCAUCCCCACCGUCAAACAUGGAGGUGGAAACAUUAUGCUUUGGGGGUGUUUUUCUGCUAAGGAGAUAGGACAACUUCACCCCAACAAAAGGGACGAUGGACGGGGCCAUGUACCAUCAAAUCUUGGGGGAGAACCUCAUUCGCUCAGCCAGGGCAUUGAAAAUGGGUCGUGUAUGGGUAUUCCAGCAUGACAAUGACCCAAAACACACGGCCAAGGCAACAAAGGAGUGGUUCAAGAAGAAGCACAUUAAGGUCCUGGAGUGGCCUAGCCAGUCUCCAGACCUUAAUCCCAUAGAAAAUCUGUGGAGGGAGCUGAAUGUUCGAGUUCCCAAAUGUCAGCUUCGAAACCUUAAUGACUUGGAGAAGAUCUGCAAAGAGGAGCUGGACAAAAUCACUCCUGAGAUGUGUGCAAACCUGGUGGCCAACUACAAGAAACAUCUGACCUCUGUGAUUGCCAACAAGGGUUUUGCCACCAAGUACUAAGUCAUGUUUUGCAUAGGGGUCAAAUACUUAUUUCCCUCAUUAAAAUGCAAAUCAAUUUAUAACUUUUUUGACAUGUGUUCUUCUGGAUUUGUUUGUUGUUAUUCUGUCUCUCACUGUUCAAAUAAACAUACCAUUAAAAUGAUAGACUGAUCAUUUCUUUGUCAGUGGGCAAACAUACAAAAUCAGCAGGGGAUCAAAUACUUUUUUCCCUCACUGGACAGUAUAGGCUUCAAAUGCCUGGCUGGCCUAUCAUAGCUAUGCUAAUGAGGAGUUCAGUAGUAAAAUUCUCCAAAUAGUACAUCAAAACACAGAUUCCGGGUUUGGCCAGUAUGAUAGUAGAAUUCUUUGACAGCAUGAUAACAGUUUCUCGAAGACAAUUAGAUUGAGAGAAUGUGUGGAGGAACCUUGAAGAAUCUCAGAUGUAGUCCAAAUCAUGUAUCAGAUAGGGAUAGAGGCAAUAUAUGGAGCAGAGCCAUUCGACCUCUAUGGAACAAUGACAUUCAACCACUAUGGAACAAUGACAUUCAACCACUAUGGAACAAUGACAUUCAACCACUAUGGAACAAUGACAUUCAACCACUAUGGAACAAUGACAUUCAACCACUAUGGAACAAUGACAUUCAACCACUACUAGUACUUAGAAAGUCUACAUUGACCUCAGUAUGAUGUAUAGUGGCGACACAGUUUUUGGAGUGAGAUCUAACAGUCUACUAAAGACAACUGCGUGAAACAUGAGCUGUGAUUGCUUUGUGUGUAAAGACUUCUAUAUAUUCUAUAUAUCAUAGAAUUAAGCCCUACCAAAUAGAAUUUAUCAUAGACUAGAUCUAACAUUUAUAUUUUAAUCAGACCAUUUCUAAGAGUGAAUUUCUAGUCAUUUUAACAACCUAUCAAGUGUGAAGUAUAUGACCACAGUAGAAGACGAUAUAUGAUUUGUUAGGAACAUCCUGAAAAUAGUUGUUCCAACAAGGUGUUAAAUGAGAGUAUAUACCAACACUAGAGUAAUAGUAUUUAUUGUGACAACAACAUGCUAAAAGUGUCUAAAAAUCUUGAAACUUCAGUGGUGUAAUACAAUAUUGUGAUUGUGGAGUCUUGUGUAGGUUUUGACCAGGUUAGUUGUUGUUAUACAUGGUUGUAAGUUAUUUCUAUUACAUUGUAGCUAGUGUACAUGUGAUGUUGUUACUCAUUGAUAACUGAGCACUUUUCUACCUUUUGGCCUAAAACAACAUUUGACCUAUCAUCACUUUGGCAAUCUGGCUUUUCUUCGAUGGUUGUGAAUGUGGUGUGUACAUAUGUGUCUGUUACAAAAUACAUUCCUGUUAUGAUAGCUUUCCUCAUAGCUUUCAUAACUCAUUUCAUCAUGUUUCUGACACUGCUGCUUGCACUCUGCACAUACUACUGAAUGUUGCUAUGGUGAUAUACUCUACCAUUCGCUGCCAUACAUAUUGUGCUAACAUGAUUUUAAUGUGGAUAUUAUGAAUGCGGUUGUUUAAUGGGCGCUCUUGUUUAUAAAUACAUUUUUUUAGUAUGUAAAUGUUCCACUGUACAGGAGAUUUCUAUUUCUUCAAAAAUGACCUUUAUUGGCCCAAUAAUUAGUCAUUAGAGAAUUUUUUUCAUUUUAACAACCUAGAAAGUUAAAGACAAGCCGCCCUCCUCGUCCACUGUAUAUAAAAGAAACCUGAUGCCCCACACCCCUACACACCCCUACACACCCCUACACACCCCUACACACCCCUACACACCCCAGUGCGACUGAGAGAGAGAGAGAGAGCGACAGAGCUAAACAGAUAUAGAUGAAUGAGUCAAUGACUACUGUAUAAUUAUUGUUCUAUUGUGUUGUAAUAAAGAGUCACUCAAGCUUUGAGCCCUAUAAAUAUGUUUCUGUUUUAAAGGGAAUCUGUUCAUUUUUGUGCCAUUGAAAAAUCAGAAGUCUGAUAUUCUCAGUAGUUUUUUUUUUGAGCUCUGUCUUUGUAAUGUUGGUCAUAAAACAACAACAUUCGGCUUUGCUGUGUCUCCUCAAAGACAUAAAUGCACUUUCCUUGUAUCUGUGUGUGUCAACCUCACUGUAUGUAUUCUGUGUGGUUUAUUCUGUGGUUCUUUCUGUGUUUAUGUAAUACUAUAUCUUGGUAACAAAUGCUGCCUGGUGGAAACUACAUUUCCCAUAAUACAACACAAAACCUCCUCUGCCUUGUAGAACUCACUGAACACUGUAACAACGUAAUGAUGUUUGACGUUUGACCUGGAAAUAAAGCCACUAGUGACCAUA